AUGACUUCGGCUCUCACCCUGGAGAGCCUCUCCAAUGCUCUCGCAACACCGGCUCAGUUAUCAAGCUCGUCUUCUUCUCUUGAUGGCAUUCCAUCUGAUCUAGAAUCCUCAAUUCGGUUUGCAGGUGCUCUGCUCACGCAAGCAGCUGGCAUACUGCUACGACUGCCUGAAGAUGUGAUUACUCAAGCAAUCGUGAUCUUUACGCGAUUUUGGAUCGGUCCUGAUGGUGGAAGCUUUGCGAUACAGUCCACAAAGGACGUGUCUGCAGCUUCCCUCUACCUAAUGGCCAAGCUAUCCUUCCAUCCUACGUCGCCUCGCUCCGUUCUCAACGUCUACAAUUACCUCUUAUCGAAACAAGCGUCGCCUCUAUGGUUCGUCAAUCCCUCGGGCGUCGACGGGAAACCCAAACCAGAGACCUAUUACCUUUCUGAGGGCGGUUAUCAAUCUCAGCGCCUGGUGCUGCUCAAGACAGAGACGAUCAUUCUUCGUACGCUUGGCUUCAACACUCAUGUCGUGAUUCCUCAUACGAUUGCCCUUACGUAUCUACAAACUAUCAAUGCGGCUUCGAGCGCUCUCGGUAAACGAGUUUUUGAGCAUCUCAAUGCGUCGCUUUUAUCACCGCAGUUGCUUUACGUGACGCACCAGCCUAAUGCUUUGGCUGUUGCCGCUAUUUAUCUUUCUGCGCGAGAAGUCGGUGUGAAGCUAGCGGAAGAUGAAUGGUGGGAGGUGUUUGAUGUGGAUCGUGAGGAACUAGGUUUUCUCGUGGUUGCGAUGAACAGUAUGGAAGGUUUCGCAAGAGCGGAGAAGGAAUCUUGGAAGGGUAAGACGAUACCACUCGUCGUCGAGGAUGUCGAAAAGGAACUUCAGCAACGACAGUCACAAGAAGGCGAAUGA